AUGUCAAUAGAAUCUAAUAUUAUUGGGUUAUCAGUAAUUGCAUUUUUGUUGCUAUUGCCUCCAUUGGCUUGGCAUACACAGUCUAAAAAUAUUCCUGCUAUUAUAUUGAUUAUAUGGUUGCUGCUGAUGGAUUUGAAAUCUAUUGUAGAUGCAGCAGUUUGGAGUGGAGAGGAUUACGCUAAUAAAUGGAAUGGUAGAGGUUGGUGUGAUAUAAUGAUAAAAUUGCAAAUUGGUGCCAACGUUGGUAUCUCUUGCGCUGUUACAAAUAUCAUUUAUAAUUUGCAUACAAUUUUGAAAGCUGACGCUGUCUUACCAGAUUUAAACUCAUGGCAAAAAAUUGCAAAAGAUUUAGCUAUAAGUUUAGUGACACCAAUUAGUGUGAUGGGAUUAUCUUAUAUAGUCCAAAUUUAUAGAUUCGGUAUUGCACGUUACAAUGGUUGUCAAAAUUUGCUUACCCCCACCUGGGUCACUACAGUUAUUUAUACAAUGUGGAUGUUCAUUUGGUCAUUAAUUGCUACCAUCUAUGCAUGUCUGGUUUUAUAUGUCUUUUAUAGAAAACGUAAAGAUGUGCGAGACAUAUUACAUUGUACCAAUUCUGGUCUUAAUCUUACAAGGUUUGCCAGAUUAUUAAUCUUUUGCUUUGUUAUCAUUUUGGUUAUGUUCCCAGUGUCAGUUUAUACUUUUGCUCACGAUUUAGAAUCUGUUCGUGGUAACUUCAACUUCGAUCGAGUACAUUCAAAUAUUACAUGGCAUUUAAUAAUUAAAUUUGAUCCUGGUAAGCCAUUGUAUAACAUUUGGAUUUAUGAUGUCAUGUCUUACUUAGUUUUUAUUAUCUUUGGCCUGGGUUCAGACGCAUUGAAAAUGUAUGAAAGAUUCUUGUACACCGUCAAACUGGGAUUCAUUGUUGACUUCUUCAAAGGAUUUGUUAAAACACACAAGGACAACCGUGUGGCUAAAUUGCUUGGUCAACUUUCUACUGCAAAAGAUGAUUUCAGCACAGAAUAUAUGUCAUCAUCAAGUGGUGAAGAAAAAAUGGAUGAAGAAAUGUAUGCAUUCACUACAAGGACUCCAAUUGAAAAUAGUAGGAUAUAUGUAGAUUACAAGAUACCAUUUGAUACAAAAAAAAUGGAUAAUAUAAGGAGAAAUAGAAGAUGGAGUGAGUUAGAGGAUUUGGAUUAUGAAGAUAUUUACAGUGAAGACGUCGUUGAAUUUAUUCCAGCGCAACUGAUGGAUUCGAGAACACCAAAUGACACUAAAUCUAUAAAUAAACUUGAGAAGGAAGUAGAAAUAUUCGAUGAUGAUGUCACUGUCUACCGUGGUGAAGAAGAAUAUCAAAAUUGUUCGCCAAGUAAGAAAAGUAAUGUUACUACGACUACUGAAGUGGACGAUUCAAGUGAGUUAGAUUUCCAUUACAAACUUGAAACUAAAAAAUAA